AUGGCGCUCUCUCUCAGCCUCCCCCGACCACCUAGCCUUACCCAUAGCCAUAGCCAUAGCGUAUUCGCUCCAAGAAGAAGGUUCGGUUCGAUCCGAUGCGGCCCACGCGACAACCGCGGACCUCUUCUCAAAGGUCGGAUCCUGAGCACCGAAGCCAUCCAAUCGAUUCAGUCCCUGAAGCGAGCCAAUCGCAACGGCUCCCUCGCCCUUAGCCUCCCACCUCUCCGCCGUCUCCUUAAGGCUGACCUCCUUGCCGUCCUCCGUGAGCUUCUCCGCCAGGACCAGUGCACCCUCGCUUUCCACGUUCUCUCCACCCUCCGUUCCGAGUAUCCUCCCCUGGACCUCACUCUCUACGCCGAAGUCGUCACGGCGCUCUCCAGGAACGGCGAGCGCGACCAGAUAGACGGUCUCAUCGGCGAAUUGGAGGGGAUUGAGGGCGGUUACGGAAGCGACAAGGCCCUGGUCAAGCUGAUCAAGGCGGUGGUGGGAGCGGAGAGGAGGGAGUCGGCGGUGAGGAUAUACGCCAUGAUGAGAGAGAGCGGGUGGGGGUCGGAGUCGUGGGAGGCUGACGAAUACCUGGCGGAAGUUCUGAGCAAGGGCCUGCGGAGGCUUGGGGAGGAAGACUUGGCCGCUCAGGUGGCCACUCAAAGUCAAAGUCAAAGAGUAAGAAUAGGUGGUGGUACUUGA